AGAUGCCCGUAUCUAUUGCAAGUCUCAGAAGCUGUCCUUUCCUGUGGGUUCCGGGCUGCCUGCUGAGCUCUGAGGAUCAGCCUAUCCUACCAUCUCCUGGGCCCAUCCUCGGACAUCAGCUCCUAUGGCGGCCCUCACAGACUUUGCUUUUAUGUACCGCUGGUUCAAAAAUUGCAAUCUGGUUAAAAACCUCUCAGAGAAGUAUGUCUUCAUCACCGGCUGUGACUCCGGCUUUGGGAACCUGCUGGCCAGACAGCUGGUUGAUAGGGGCAUGAAAGUGCUUGCUGCCUGCCUCACUGAGGAGGGUGCUCAGAAACUCCUGCAGGAUACCUCCUACCAGCUACAGAUUUUCCUCCUAGAUGUCACCAAGUCGGAGAGCAUCAAGGCAGCAGCCCAGUGGGUGAGGGACCAAGUGGGCGAGCAAGGCCUCUGGGCCCUGGUGAACAACGCUGGAGUGGGCCUGCCCAGUGGUCCCAAUGAAUGGUUGACCAAGGAAGACUUUGUGAAAGUGAUCAACAUAAACCUGGUGGGGUUGAUUGAUGUCACCCUGAACAUGCUGCCGAUGAUCAAAAAAGCCCGGGGCAGGGUGGUCAACAUGUCCAGCUCUGGUGGCAUUGUGGCUGUCAUCGGUGGUGGUUACUGUGUCUCCAAGUUUGGUGUUGAGGCCUUCUCUGAUAGCAUCAGGCGCGAGCUUCAUUUCUUCGGGGUGAAGGUCAGCAUCAUCGAGCCAGGGAACUACAAGACAUCCAUUCUGGGCCAAGAAGCUCUGGAAUCACGCAUGAAGAAGCUGUGGGAUCGGCUGCCACAGGAGACCCGGGAUAGCUAUGGAGAGGAGUAUUUCCAAACCUAUACUGAAAAGUUGGUUAACCUGAUGCGGUCGGCAGAGCGGAGAAUCAGCGAUGUCACCAACAGCAUGGAACAUGCCAUUGUCUCCCGGAGCCCCCGAAUCCGCUACAACCCUGGCCUGGAUGUCAAGUUUCUCUAUAUCCCCCUGGCUAAGUUGCCCACCCCUAUAACAGAUUUCAUCCUCAGCAGAUACCUGCCAAAGCCAGCAGACAGUGUUUGAGUGGGUGAGCUCAAGGGGUAGCCAGUGGGGAGUAGGGGAGACAGCAAAAGACUGAGGAAUCGCAAGGUGUUAUUAUAUUUAUAUUGUGGGCAGAGAACAGCAUGCUUGGAUCAGUUCCACUGCAGGCUGAUGUCUCCUCCCAUCUGCUGGGGUCGCCAGAAACCUGAUGUGGCUCCUGCUGAUUUAGAGAGUAGUGGCAUCCAAGACACCUCCCCAGGCAGGUACUAAUAAUGGUCCUGGCCCUGGAAAGGUCAAAGAGAAGAAAGCUGGCUUCUGUUGAAUGACAAGCUGUCACCACCUCCGUAAAGCACCACGGGACAAUCUAGCCCACAGGAGACUCUCCCUCCUCACAGGUCCUCUGAGUAGGCGCUGAUCUGUGUAUACAUGAAAUGUGUAACAUGGCCGCAAGGCCUGCCAGAGCAUAUUCAGAGAAGGUUUUAAGUAGUUUUCUUUUCUUUGCAUUUCUCUGUCUGUAGGUGAUUGGGAUCCAUAUAACGCUUGCUUCUUUAAUCACCAUUGAUUAAUGUUUUGAGUAUUUAUUGAGCACUUACUACCAGCACCAAAGCUCUGGGGGGUAUGUGAGGAUGAUGAAAGCAUGAACUUUUUUUUAUUGUUUAUCUUGUGGUUUACUUUGUUACAAUAGCUAGCAGCAGAAAUAGGACAGUGACAGAAGGGACAAAAAUCAGGAAAAAAAAAUUUUUGAAGGACCCUGGAGUUCAAUAGUUCCCAAACUCAGAUGUUUAUCAUGAUCACUCAGUUCCUUAAAAUGCAGAUGGAGGCUGGAGAGAUGGCUCAGAGGUUAAGAGCACUUGUGCCUCACAAAAUCUGGGUUAGAUUCCCAGUAUCCACACGGUGUCUUACAGCCUCUGGAAUUCCAGUUCCAGGGGAUCUGAUGCCCUCUUCUGACCUCCACAGGUACCAAGCAUGCAUGUAAUGUGUAUAGACGCAUGCAGGCAAAAACAUGCAUACACAUAAGAAGAUAAAUCUUUUAAAAAUGAGUGUGUAACGAGGCUGAGCACGGCACCUCAUGCCUGUCAUCCCAGCACUUGCGGGACUGAGAGAGGAGGAUUUUUGUGAGAUUACAAAAUGAGACACUGCCUCAAGAAACAAACCCCAGGACACAAACAAAAAAGU